CUCUCGUCCACUAGUUUUCAUUCCGCUGUGUUGAGCAAUGUCCUACUUUAUCAGGAAGGCAACGGUUGAAGACGUGAACAGCAUCCUGCAGCUGGUCAUUGACCUCGCAAUAUAUGAAAAGGCACUAGACUCAGUGAAAGCCACCCCGGAACUCUUGCGCAAAAAUCUGUUUGAGACUCCCUAUGCACACACACUUCUUGCAUUCGCAGGGACACCAGAGUCUCCGGGAAACGCAAUCGGAAUGGCAAUGUACUUCUUCAAUUACUCGACAUGGACCGGCAGGCCUGGUCUCUAUCUAGAGGAUCUGUUUGUCGAUGAAUCAUACCGCGGGAAGGGAGUAGGGAAAGCGUUCUUUGCAGAGCUGGCUAAGGUUGCGCAGGAGAAGAACUGCGCGCGCCUGGACUGGUCCGUGCUCAAGUGGAACCAACCUUCAAUUGACUUUUACGAGAAGAAACUGAGCGCGACGGCUAUGUCGGAGUGGAUGGGUAUGCGACUGGAAGAGGGAGGUAUUGAGAACCUGAAGAAGUUAGCUCCGGAGAAGCUGUAGCUGUCGGCAUGACUGCACCGAACGUAAGUCUAAUCAUAACUCUUCAUUGCGGGUUUAGAUGGCAACGACAUCGUUUAAUCAAGAAAAUUAACGAGGGGCAUAUGGAACGGGGAAGUAAUGAUGUAACUGCA